UUUAAUGGGGGAUUCUGCUGGAGGAUGUCAAUGUGCUGUUUUGUGUCAAAGAGUAUUGAGAAUGAAUAGAAAGGAAAUGAUAAAAUGCCAAAUACUUAUCUAUCCAGUUAUUCACAUGUUAGACUUCCAAUCUCCUUCUUAUCAAUUAUAUUAUCGUAUUUAUCCAAGGACUGGUUUAUUAAAUCCGAAAAUGCUUGCCCGUUGGUAUUUAUUUUAUUUGGGUAUAGAACCAACACAAAAAAAUAUUAAUUUAAUGAUUAAAAAUCAACAUUUAUCACCGAAAUUACUUAAUGAAGCUAAAUUAUCUUCAAUUCUCGACCCAGAAAAACUUCCUAAAGAAUUUCUUUUAAAAGAAGAGGAAAAUAGAAAAAAUCCUAGCCAUUCUUCAAUUAUUAAAUGGAAAACAACAAAAAAUGGAUUUAAUGGGAUAAUAAAAGAGGAAAAAAAUGAGAAAGAAAAUUCAGAAAGGGAAAAGCUUUACACCCAAAUAGAAGAAUAUCUUCGAAAUCCAGAUAUUUGCCCUAUUUUAGCUAAUAAUUUAAAAGAUCAUUGCCCAACAAUGAUAUUAACUGCGGGUAUUGAUGUUCUUCGGGAUGAGGGUAUUCAAUAUGCAAAAAGAUUAAAUGAAGAUGAAGUUAAAGUUGAAUUAAAACAUUAUGAAGAUGCUUAUCACGGAAUAUUUAAUAUGUAUUGUAGUAAAAAAAGAGAAGAAAUAAUUAAUGAUAUUAGCAAUUAUUUAAAGAAUAAUUUAAUUAAGUAA